CCCGGAGCUCUCGGUGACCCGCAUCCUCCCGCUCCCGGGACUUCCCGCGGUUUUCUUGUGAGGCUGGGCGUCCCGCACGCCUGGUGAUGGCUCCGUCCCGCUCGCAGGAUGGAGCUGGAGGGGGCGUGAGGCUGGCGAGCCGAGGCUUGUUGAUGUGCCGCCGGAGCAGGCUUGGAGUCCUAGUUUGUGAUCUUUAGUACCAAGUGACUUGGUCUUUCUGAAUAGAUUCUGCUCAUUUAUAAAAAGGGGCAGAGUAGCAACAACUUACCCCAUGAGGUUGCGGAAAGGAUCAAAGGAAGCAACUCUUAAACUUCUAUAUUUGCAAAUUCAAGUCGGUCUGCGCUGCUUCGGUCGCUGGGUUUCCCAGUCCACUAAACAUUUAGUAAGAAAUAGUAAUACAUAAAUUGGAUAUAGAAAACGUACAGUAUUGUUGUAUUUGGGUGUGAGAAGCAUUCAGUACUAGGUGCUGCUUCAGACUGGCCAACAGCUUCUUCAAAACCAAAACAAACUAUUUUGCUCCAAGGUUGUUGCGUCAUUGAGGACUUAUUUCGUUUAAUUAUUAACGCUGAAAUGUCAUUGUUACUUUUUAUUGGCUAUGUAAGAACUGAGUUGAAGUUCAGAUACUUAGAAUGCUCAUUUAAUUUUCAAAGGAAAUGUUUAUUCCCUCAUUAUUAACAAAUUCAAAGACACUGAGUUUAGAAGUUAGGAAGGAAAGAGUACUGCAAUUGCAGACGCAUCAGUCUAGAUGUGUAUUAUACCUGGACAUGGUGGCACACACCUUAAUUUUAGAUUUGGGAGGCAGAGGCAGAGGCAGGCAGAUCUCUGAGUUCAAGGCCAGCUUGGUCUGUAAAGCCAGUCAGGGUUACACAGUAGAAACUGCUUCAAAGUAAGUAAUAGAUAAAUGAAUGUGUAUUACAGCAUUAUUGGAGUGAGUGACUAGACUUAGAAUAUGGUACAGUAUUGAACAGUAGUCAUCAAAAGAGUGGAAGAUUUUAGCCAAAAGUAGAAGAGCAUUUUUACAUUAAAAAAAAAGACAACAAAUUCCUUGAAAUGUAAUGCAUGUCAAAACCUGGAGGUAGAAGCUUGAAAUCGCAAAGUUUUUUUUUUUCUUUUUAUUGUUAAAUGACACAUGGGUGUUGGUUAAAGGCUAAUAAGCCACAAAGCUUGACCUAUCUCAUGAAAGUUGUGUUCCUCCUCCACUCGAACAGCCAUGUUCAUGCAUCCUCCCCAUGGGAUCAGAGUAUAUGUAUUGAAGCCAGAGACAAGAUAUUUGUGCAAUUUCUGGGUUGAAAUUCAAACAUAUGGCAAUGAAGAAAGAGACAGAAUUUGGAAUUCUCAUCUAAAGAGAAUGCUAGACAACAACCAAACCUGUGCCGUGGGACCGGACUCUGUGCCCUACAUGACUUGUGUGGUUCACCUGCUUGAAGAAUGGUUGGGUGUGGAGCAAUUGGAGGACUAUUUGAAUUUUGCAAGCCAUCUCUUGUGGGUUUUUACCCCACUGAUACUUUUAAUCCUCCCCUACUUUACUAUCUUUCUUCUCUACCUUACUAUUAUUUUCCUCCAUAUCUACAAGAGGAAGAAUGUGUUAAAAGAAGCCUACUCUCAUAAUUUAUGGGACGGUGCGAGGAAAACAGUGGCAACUCUGUGGGAUGGACAUGCAGCGGUUUGGCAUGGUUAUGAAGUUCAUGGGAUGGAAAAGAUACCGGAAGGACCAGCACUUAUAAUAUUUUAUCAUGGAGCUAUUCCCAUAGACUUUUACUACUUCAUGGCUAAAAUUUUCAUCCACAAAGGCAGAACUUGCCGAGUAGUAGCUGACCACUUUGUCUUUAAAAUCCCAGGGUUCAGUUUAUUACUAGAUGUAUUUUGUGCUCUUCAUGGACCAAGAGAAAAAUGUGUUGACAUCCUGAGGAGUGGCCAUUUGUUAGCUAUCUCACCAGGUGGAGUCCGAGAAGCCUUACUUAGUGAUGAAACCUACAACAUCAUAUGGGGUAAUCGUAAAGGCUUUGCUCAGGUUGCAAUUGAUGCAAAAGUGCCUAUUAUUCCUAUGUUUACACAAAAUAUUCGAGAAGGAUUUAGAUCACUUGGAGGAACAAGAUUAUUUAAGUGGCUUUAUGAAAAAUUCCGCUAUCCGUUUGCUCCAAUGUAUGGAGGCUUUCCUGUGAAGUUGCGGACCUACUUAGGUGAUCCCAUUCCAUAUGACCCAAAGAUAACAGCAGAAGAGCUGGCUGAAAAGACCAAGAAUGCUGUUCAAGCCCUGAUUGAUAAGCAUCAAAGGAUACCAGGGAACAUUAGAAGUGCGCUGCUGGACCGCUUCCAUAAAGAGCAGCAGGCUGAUUAGCAGGUGGCUUAAUGUGUCUGUAGUGACAAACUCACAUCUGCAGAACCUUUACAUUUUUGUAGGUUGUAUAAUAGUGCUUCUAAAACAUCAUGUUAAUAGGUGUCUUCCUUAGAACUUGUUUAAGUUUUUAUUGUUAAUCUUGUCCUGUCAAUCAGUUGUGUCAACUUUAAUAAGUAACUUACCAAUUACCUGACCCAGAAAAUGAUCAUGUUGCAUUUACAAUCUUUAGUAGUAUAUGAUAAGCAUAGAGUCUUAGAGUAAGUUUUUCCUAAUAUCAGCAGGUUAAGCAGACUUUCCUAAAUUAUGUCAGUUGUGCUGAUAUGAUCAUAAGAGAGUGCAUGUAUUAAGAUGUAGUACUUGCUUAGUUUAGAUGAGAGAUGCCUUUAUCUAUCUGCCCUUCAUUCCAUUCACAACUGCGGGUAAGUUGUGGAAUGCUUUUGUACCUCAAUGGUUCAUUUUAAGCAUGAUAAAAUUGUGGUGACGAACAUUAUUUUAAGUUACUAUGUCUAUUGUGAUAUCUGUAAUGUGGGAGAAAUAGCUGAAUUGAUUCCUGAAUCCUCUAGGAGUUACAUACAUGUUUUUGUUCAUUGGGUGUUGAAACAACUCCUUCAGGUGUGAUGUCUAGUUGCCAAGCACAUUGGAAGAGAUGUACUGUUUUAUAAAUCAAGACAUUGUUAUUUGUAGUAUUUAUUUACUGAAUUGUUUAGUAUUUAUUUUAAACAAGUAUCUAAGUAAACAUAUAGGAUGAGUUGUCAGCAUGAUGUUUUAUGGUGUAAGGAUAGAAUCAUGGUCAUUCUCUGCACUUCCCAUUAGAAGCUAAUUCUAGGCCUAAGAAUAAUGAACAGGAAAGCUCCGAUUUGUUUAAUAUUGUGGUUUGUUUUGCUGGCCUUUGCAGCCAGUCAUGUGGCUUAUUAUUUCAAUCGAAUGUACUUGAAUGAUGGAGCCUCCUGAAAAUGUAAUAGUAUUUGAUUUGUCAUCUCCUUGAAAAUUGAUUUUAAAAGUAUUCAAACAGCAAAGUAUCAUAAAUCUACUGCAGUAUGUCCAUUUCCACCUUUGUAGCACUUGGGUUUUAUAUGGACUUUUUAAUUACAAGUGUAUAUCUAUGAUAUAUAUAUGUAUAAAAUGUAUAUAGAAAUGAUGUGAAAAAUAAAGCUAAAUUGCAACUCA